GUCUUCAUCGUUGUCGCGUGUCGCUUUGCCGCGCGAGUUUGCUUAUCGCGGAACACUACGCAAACGGAAUUAAACGAAAAUAAUAUAAUCACAAUCUUAGAUCGGAUUUAAUCAUCUUUAAGCUACCGAUUUGUGUGUAAAUUGAUUGGAAAAGUGUGUGGCCUUGUAGGAGGUUGAGUGGCGCAUGUAGGCGUGAUCAGAAAUAUGCAUGGAAAUGUGUGAAAAUUGUAAUUGAAAAUAGUCCAUUGUGUUUGCUUGCGUUAGCGCUGACGCAGACGUUGACGUCGUCGUCCUCUGCUGCGACCAGAGUCUUAAAAGUUGCCUUUUGGCGUUGUCGCGUUGUUACUACCGCUGCAACAGCGGCUUGUGGGCGCGGGGGCGUAAUUGUUGACGUUGCUCUGAGCGUAUAUUUUAUGUUUCGCCUUCUUCUGCUGCCGUACGCGGAAUAGUCGCGUGUAUUUUUUUUGUUCCUUCUCUUCUGCGUUCUGCGUUUACUUUUACGUAUUGACAGUAACUGCGGCGAGCGCGUCGCUGCUCAAACAUUGUUAUUGUUAUUAUUGUAUGCGGUCGGUCGCCGUUUUUGUUUCUGUUUCUGCUUCGGCAUCUGCUUCUGCCGCUGCUAUUGCUAUUCAGCUUCCCCUUUUGCGCUUUUGUGGUUAAGUGCGCGUACUCAAGGUGAAAAAUAUAUUGAGUUCUUUCAAGUGCCAUUUCGAGUGUGUGUGGCCAUAAAAUUUAAUUUGCAAUCAAAUUAUUCGAUUUACGGUCAGUGAGUGAGUGCUGUUGCUCCCAUAUUCAUAGACAUUCAUACAUACAUACAUAUGUAUGUAUAUACCGCUGUGCCGCAGAUCGAUCUGAUGAAUCAGCUAUUACAAUGUGUAAACAUUCUGAUGCCAGCGAAUCUCUAAAGCGCCAAACAGUUUAGAUUUAAACUGAUAAUUGACACGCUGCGACAACAAGGACAGCGACAAAUCUUUGCAAUUAACUCGCAUAACCGGCCACAGACAAAAGAGAGAGAGACAAGAGCAAAGUCCUAGAGAGCAGGCGGAUACCCCCCACCGUCAAUCCCCACACACCCACACAAACAAACACACACCCACACAUUCAUACAUUCAUUCGCCCACACACACACCAGUAGGAUACGCUGCUUCGGCCCACACGCAGCAACAUGGGCGACAAUAUAAUUGGCUCGGCGAGCUUCCUUCACUUGGGCGACAUUGUUUCCCUCUAUGCGGAGGGCAGCGUUUGCGGCUUCUUGAGCACACUCGGUCUGGUGGACGAUCGAACCGUCGUAUGCCCCGAGGCCGGAGACUUGAGUUGCCCGCCCAAGAAGUUUAGAGAUUGCCUUAUCAAAAUAUGUCCCAUGAACCGUUACUCUGCUCAAAAGCAGUUCUGGAAGGCAGCCAAACAGUCGGCCAGCUCCAACACAGAUCCCAAUCUGCUGAAGCGUUUGCAUCACGCCGCUGAAAUCGAGAAGAAGCAGAAUGAAACGGAGAACAAGAAGCUGCUGGGCACAUUCAUACAGUACGGCCGCGCCGUGGUGCAGCUGCUCCACUUGAAGUCGAACAAAUAUCUGACCGUUAACAAGCGUUUGCCGUCGCUGCUGGAGAAGAACGCGAUGCGUGUGUAUUUGGAUGCGAAUGGCAAUGAGGGCUCUUGGUUUUACAUCAAGCCGUUCUACAAGCUGCGCUCCAUUGGCGACUACGUUGUGGUGGGUGACAAGGUGAUCCUCAGUCCGGUGAAUGCCGAUCAGCAGAACUUGCACGUGGCCGCAAACUAUGAGCUGCCCGAUAAUCCCGGCUGCAAGGAGGUCAACGUACUGAAUUCAUCAACGUCGUGGAAAAUCUCGCUGUUCAUGGAGCACAAAGAGAACCAGGAACAUAUACUCAAGGGUGGCGACGUGGUGCGUCUCUUUCAUGCCGAGCAGGAAAAGUUUCUAACCAUGGAUGAGUACAAGAAACAGUACCAUGUCUUCCUACGCACCACGGGCCGCACCAGCGCCACUGCGGCGACCAGCAGCAAAGCGCUCUGGGAGAUUGAGGUGGUGCAACACGACUCAUGUCGUGGCGGUGCCGGCGAUUGGAAUUCCUUGUACCGCUUCAAGCAUUUAGCCACGGGCCACUAUCUGGCUGCCGAAGCCGAGUCCGAUGUGGUUGCUGGGACGAGCGCUGCAAACGGCCACGAGUCUUUGUUGGGCGACUGCAGCAAGGACUCGGGCCUCAGCUCUACAAUGAACUCCACUUUGAAUGACAAACCGAAGGGCAAACUGUAUCGCCUAGUCUCAGUGCCAUAUUCGGCUGAUAUAGCCUCUGUGUUUGUGCUGGACGCUACGACCAUGGCUCGGCCGGAUAGCUUAGUGCCGCAGUCCAGUUAUGUGAGACUGCAGCACAUUUGCUCCAACACCUGGGUGCACGCUACGUCGAUACCCAUCGAUGCGGAUGACGAUAAGCCGGUCAUGUCUAAGGUGUGCUGCUCGCCCAUCAAGGAGGACAAGGAGGCUUUUGCACUGAUACCCGUCUCGCCUGUCGAAGUUCGUGAUCUAGACUUUGCCAACGAUGCGUGCAAGGUGCUGGCCAUGGUGACCAGCAAGCUAGAUAACGGCAGCAUAUCGAUCAAUGAGCGGCGAGCUCUGAUCUCGCUGCUGCAAGACAUUGUGUACUUCAUAGCCGGCAUGGAGAAUGAGCAGAACAAGACUAAGGCGCUCGAGUUUACCAUCAAGAAUCCCAUACGCGAUCGACAGAAGCUGCUGCGCGAGCAGUAUAUCCUAAAGCAGCUGUUCAAAAUAUUGCAGGGACCCUUUCAGGAGCACAGCGCUGGCGAUGGACCAUUCCUGCGGCUGGACGAGCUGAGCGACCCCAAGAAUGCCCCCUACAAGAAUAUCUUCCGGCUCUGCUAUCGCAUUUUGCGGCUCUCGCAGCAGGACUAUCGCAAAAACCAGGAGUACAUUGCCAAGCACUUUGGUCUGAUGCAGAAGCAGAUCGGCUAUGAUAUCCUGGCUGAGGACACAAUCACCGCACUGCUGCACAACAAUCGCAAGCUGCUGGAGAAGCACAUUACGGCUGCCGAGAUCGAGACCUUUGUGGGUCUUGUGCGCAAAAACAUGAACAACUGGGACUCUCGUUUCCUCGACUACCUAUCCGACCUGUGCGUCUCGAAUCGCAAGGCCAUCGCCGUCACCCAGGAGUUGAUCUGCAAGAGCGUGCUUAGUGAUAAGAAUGUCGACAUUCUGAUCGACACACAGGUCAAGGCGCUGCGUGGCGGCACCUCAGUGCGCUGCUACAAGGGCGCCUCCGAGGAUGUGUGCCUCUCUACGCUUACCGAGGUUGCCGGCGAUGACGAGGAUCGCUCCGACGUGCAGUCUAACUCCACCUCGACCACAUGGGACAGUGCGAGUCUUAACGAUGACGAGAGUGUGCUGCCGGGCGAGAAGUACGAAAUUCAUUUGCAAUGGAAGGGCCAACCGUCAUCGCGCUCCAUGGCCGAUCUGGCCAACUGCGUGGCCGAAGGUUGCGAGCAGGAGACGGCUAUUUUGAACUACUAUCGUCAUCAGUUGAAUCUGUUCUCGAACAUGUGCCUGAAUCGUCAGUACUUGGCUCUAAAUCGGCUGUCGCCCCAAUUGGAUAUUGAUCUGAUAUUAAAAUGCAUGUCCGAUGAAACGAUGCCCUAUGAGCUGCGUGCCUCGUUUUGCCGGCUGAUGCUGCACUUGCAUGUGGAUCGAGACCCGCAGGAGCCAGUCACGCCCGUGAAGUACGCCCGACUGUGGAGUGAAAUACCCUCCAAAAUGUCCAUCAUGGACUAUGAUGGCAAGAAUCUUCAGCCGGACCAGAACAAACAGGCCUGUCGAGCCAAAUUCAACACAACUAUCGCUUUUGUGGAAAACUAUUUGUGCAACGUGGCCACCAAGGUGUGGCUAUUCACGGAUCAGGAGCAGAACAAGCUGACCUUUGAGGUGGUUAAACUGGCCAGGGACUUGAUAUAUUUUGGCUUCUACAGCUUCAGCGACCUGCUGCGCUUAACGAAGACUCUGCUCUCCAUUCUGGACUGCGUGUCCGAGACGACAACCGGAGGCUCCUUCGUCAACACGGAUAUUGAUUCUGUCGAAGAGGAGACGACGAAUGAUGCUGAGGGUGGCGUGCUGCGCUCCAUUGGGGACAUGAGUACGGUGAUGACUUCGCUGGCGUUGGGCUCCGUUGGCCAAGCGAUUGCAGCGCCCUCCAUAGCACUACAACAGCGCAAGUCCGUCUCGCAACUGAUGAAGGAAUAUCCGCUGGUCAUGGACACCAAACUGAAGAUCAUUGAAAUACUGCAGUUCAUCUUGGACGUGCGCCUGGACUAUAGGAUCAGCUGCCUGCUCUCAAUAUUCAAGCGCGAGUUCGACGAAUCCGAAGUGGUUACCCAGGCCCCACCACCUGGUGCUAAUGAGGAGCAGAACCAGCAGACCACACCUGGCAGCACUGGCACCACUGACGCAGAGCAAAUUGCCGCUGCAGAGGCUGCCAUGGCUGCAGCGGCAGCUGCCUCUGCGGCUGCGGCCCGCCAGAAGAAUAUCGAUCUGGAAUCCAUUGGCAUACAGGCGGAGGGCAUCUUCGACUGCGAGCGCAGUGAUGCGGCCAACUUGGAUCUGGAUGGCCAAGGAGGACGCACGUUUCUGCGCGUCCUGCUGCACCUAAUCAUGCACGACUAUGCACCACUUGUGUCUGGUGCCCUGCAUCUGCUUUUCCGUCACUUUAGCCAGCGCCAAGAGGUGCUGCAAGCCUUCCGGCAGGUGCAAUUGCUCGUCUCGGACAGUGAUGUGGAGUCCUACAAGCAGAUCAAAUCCGACCUGGACAUAUUGCGCCAGAGUGUGGAGAAGUCCGAACUGUGGGUGUACAAGGCCAAGGCAACGGAUGAGCUGGGUGGCACGGAUGCAGCAGGGGGUGCGGAUAAUCUCGAAUACGAUGCCACCCUCUCGCCAGAGCAACGCAGCGAAUAUCAAAAGGUCAAAGAGAUUCUCAUUCGCAUGAACAAGUUCUGCGUUACGGAUGGUCCCGUUGUCAAGCCGCGCAAGCACGAGCAGCGCCUGCUUCGCAAUGUCGGCGUGCACACAGUUGUCCUGGAUUUGCUACAGAAUCCCUAUGACGAGAAGGACGAUGUGUUGAUGAAGGAGCUUAUGUGCCUGGCCCAUGAAUUCCUACAGAACUUCUGCCUAGGCAAUCAGCAGAAUCAAGUGCUCCUGCACAAUCAUCUUGAUUUGUUCCUCAAUCCAGGCAUUCUCGAGGCGAAGACAGUCUGCGCCAUCUUCAAGGACAACUUGGCGCUGUGCAAUGAGGUGACGGACAAAGUGGUGCAACACUUUGUGCACUGCAUCGAGAUCCAUGGCCGACAUGUGGCCUAUUUGCAGUUCCUGCAGACAAUCGUCAAAGCAGAGAACCAGUUCAUACGCAAGUGUCAGGACAUGGUCAUGCAGGAGCUCAUCAAUGCCGGCGAAGAUGUCCUGGUGUUCUACAACGACAAGACCUCGUUCCACCACUUUGUGCAAAUGAUGCAGCAACAGCAGCAGCAGCAGCUACGUGGUCAACAGCUCAGCGACGACAGUCCACUGAAAUAUCAUGUGGAAUUGGUGAAGCUGCUCGCCUGCUGCACCAUGGGCAAGAACGUCUACACGGAGAUCAAGUGCAAUAAUCUGCUAUCGUUGGACGACAUUGUGACCAUUAUAUGCCAUCCGUUAUGCAUUCCCGAGGUAAAGGAGGCGUAUGUGGACUUCCUCAAUCAUUGUUACAUUGACACCGAGGUGGAGAUGAAAGAGAUCUAUGCCUCCGGUCACAUGUGGAGUCUGUUCGAAAAGAGUUUCCUGGUGGACCUCAAUCAGUUGAUAUCAAACAGCUCAGCCACCGCUAACAAGACGCUCUUGGCCUAUGUCCUGAAUGGUGUGACCAAUUUGCUGAGCAGCUUCUUCUCCAGCCCCUUCUCCGACCAGAGCACAAUAGUGCAGUCGCGGCAGGUGAUCUUUGUGCAACUACUGCAGGCCGUUUACCGGCUGACUCAAUGCAAGUGGCUAUCAUUGGCGGAUCGCUUCAACGUGGAGAACUGCAUCCGUACGCUGACUGAAUCAGCCAAGAUGCGCAGCAUUGUGCUGCCCUUGGAGCUGGAACAGCAGGUGACCAAUAUGUCUAGCAAGACCGCAAUGCUGACACGACAGACGACCAAGUGGCUGCUGGCCUCCAAGCAGCCCAAGUACGAUACUCAGCAGUCGGCUCAUCUGAUGCGCUGGGAUCGGUCCAUCAUUGAGGGACUGCAGGACAUUGUUUCGCUGUUGGAGGAUCAACUGAAGCCGGUCGUCGAGGCAGAGCUGUCAUUACUAGUCGACAUACUUUAUCGCUCCGAGCUGCUCUUCCCUGCGGGCACCGAGGCGCGUAAGCGCUGCGAGAGUGGAGGCUUCAUACGCAAGCUGAUCAAGCACACAGAGAAGUUGCUGGAGGAGAAGGAGGAGCGCAUGUGUGUGAAGGUGUUGCGCACUCUACGCGAAAUGAUGGCUAUUGACGUCAACUAUGGCGAAAAGGGAGACGCUCUACGUCAGACACUUCUGCUACGCUACUUCCAGUGCAAGAGUGCUCCAAAGCUGGAGGAGGAGCACCCGCAACUACCGACGGGCGUGGCAGCUGCUGCAGCAAUAGCCGCGGCGGCCGCCUCCGACCCAGCCAAACAGUUGCAUUUGGUGACCCACGGACCUGGUGCCAAGUAUCUGGCGCGUGCGGACAAGACGCUGCACGAAAUGCAGAAUCACCUAGAUCGCGAGGGUGCCUCCGAUUUGGUAGUAGAGCUGGUCAUUAAAUCGGUGCAUUCACCCAACAUCUUUGUGGAGGCUGUGGAGCUGGGCAUAGCAUUGCUCGAGGGUGGAAAUCCAAUCAUACAGAAGGGCAUGUUCCAGAAGUUUCUCAGCGACGAUCUAAAUCAAGCGUUCUUCAAGGUAUUCUUCGAGAAAAUGAAGGAUGCACAGCAGGAAAUAAAGUCGACGGUCUCCGUCAACACCACAGAUAUAGCAGCCAAGGCGCACGAGCACAAGCAGGAUACCAACAUGGAGCUAGAUAAAAUCUCACGCAAGCACGGCCUCAAGAGCAAUGGAGUUGUUAUCACGGACGAGCUCAAACGGGAGCUGCACAAUGCAGGCCUGGCCACAGCACGCGCCUACGGCAACGCGCGGAACAUACACUCAGGCGAGGAGAGCUCAGCGAUCAGUGUGAAUAGCCCGCUGGAGGACAUUCUGGCCGAGAAGUUGGAGAAGCAUCGGGACAGCAAGGAGCAGCGCAACCAGCUGUCGAACAAGGUGCUCGUCAUGCAGCCCAUUCUGCGCUUCCUGCAAUUGCUUUGUGAGAACCACAAUCCUGAUCUGCAGAAUCUGCUGCGGAAUCAGAACAACAAAACCAACAAUAAUCUCGUGUCCGAAACACUCAUGUUCCUCGACUGCAUCUGCGGCUCUACCACGGGCGGCCUGGGUCUACUCGGCCUCUACAUCAAUGAGCACAAUGUGGCGUUAAUUAAUCAAACCCUGGAGACCCUCACCGAGUACUGCCAGGGGCCGUGCCACGAGAACCAGAACUGCAUUGCCACUCAUGAGUCGAACGGUUUGGAUAUCAUCACCGCUUUGAUAUUGAACAACAUAAAUCCGCUGGGGGAGAAUCGCAUGGAUCUGGUGCUGGAGCUGAAGAACAAUGCCUCCAAGCUGCUGCUGGCCAUCAUGGAGAGUCGUGGCGACAGCGAGAAUGCGGAGCGCAUACUCUACAACAUGAAUCCCAAGCAACUGGUCGAGGUGGCCUGCAAGGCCUAUCACCAAGAAGAACUCAUUGACGAGCAGGAUGAUGGAGAUGAGCCGAGUGCCGCCACCGAUGACGACGAUGCAACGGUCAGUCCCCGCGAAGUGGGACACAACAUUUACAUUCUUUGCCAUCAGCUAGCACAGCACAACAAGGAGCUGGCGGCCUUGCUCAAGGCCUCUGAAGACCCUCAGUCGGCCAGCUUCGACGCGAAAACAAGUCAAGCUCUCAUGUACUACGCAACACAUACGGCACAAAUUGAGAUUGUUCGCAAUGAUCGCACACUGGAGCAAAUCGUAUUCCCUAUACCUGAAAUUUGUGAAUACUUGACAACAGACACGAAAAUCAAAAUACUUAAUACUGCGGAGCGUGAUGAUCAGGGCUCCAAAGUAGCCGACUUCUUUGACAAGGCCGAGGAGAUGUUUAACGAAAUGAAGUGGCAGAAGAAACUGCGAAGUCAGCCGUUGCUCUUCUGGAUCAGCAGCUACAUGUCGCUAUGGAGCAAUAUACUUUUCAAUUGCGUUGUGGUAAUCAAUAUGAUCGUGGCUUUCUUCUAUCCCUUCGACAAUACUGUACCAGAGCUCAGUUCGCACAUAUCCCUGCUAUUCUGGGCCAUUUUGAUAUUCUCGCUGGUUAUAGUCAUUACGCUGCCGCGUGAGUCAGGCAUACGCACAUUCAUUGGCUCCGUAAUUCUUCGUUUUAUAUUUUUACUUGGGCCAGAAUCCACACUCUGUUUGCUGGGCGUCGUUACGGUGACGCUUAAGAGCGUGCAUAUUGUGAGCAUAAUGGGCAACAAGGGCACGUUAGAGAAGCAUUUUCUGAAGAUCAUCACCGACUUUCAGCUGCUCUAUCAUUGCAUUUAUAUAGCAUUUUGUUUCUGUGGACUUAUAUUCCAUCCAUUCUUCUACUCACUGCUGCUGUUUGAUGUUGUCUACCGAGAAGAGACGCUGGUCAACGUGAUUCGCUCGGUUACGCGUAACGGUCGCUCCAUUGUUUUGACCGCCGUUCUGGCAUUGAUUUUGGUUUAUCUAUUCUCCAUAAUUGGCUACAUGUUCUUCAAAGAUGAUUUUCUCGUUCCGGUGGACUAUGAAGAACAGGAAGCCGGGUCCACUGCUGGUCCUUUGACAUUAUCGGUACCGGCGUCGGCGGAGCAGUUCUGUGCCAUGCCAGAUGAGCAUGGCAGCUGUGAGGGUAGUACAAAGCAAAACGGAGCUGCAACUGUCAUUGCCAGCGGCGAAGUGAAGGAGCGCUCCUGUGACUCAUUGGUCAUGUGCAUUGUAACGACACUAAAUCAAGGCCUGCGAAAUGGUGGGGGCAUUGGCGAUAUUCUAAGAGCACCUUCGAGCAAGGAGGGUCUUUUUGUGGCGCGCGUCAUCUAUGAUCUGCUGUUCUUCUUCAUUGUCAUUAUUAUCGUGUUGAACCUGAUCUUUGGUGUCAUUAUCGAUACAUUUGCCGAUCUGAGAUCGGAAAAGCAGCAAAAAGAGGCUAUACUCAAGACAACCUGUUUCAUCUGUUCGCUCAAUCGUUCAGCCUUCGACAACAAGACAGUAAGCUUUGAGGAGCACAUCAAGAGCGAGCACAAUAUGUGGCACUAUCUGUACUUCAUCGUGCUGGUCAAGGUCAAGGAUCCCACAGAGUUCACCGGCCCCGAGAGCUAUGUAUACGCUAUGGUUAAGGCUGGCAUUUUAGAAUGGUUCCCAAGGUUACGCGCCAUGUCGCUGGCUGCAGUCGAUGCCGAUGGCGAGCAGAUCGAGCUGCGUAGCAUGCAGGCACAGCUCUUGGAAACGCAACUCCUAAUCAAGAAUCUAUCGACGCAGCUACACGAGCUCAAAGAUCACAUGACGGAGCAGCGCAAACAGAAGCAGCGCCUAGGAUUGCUCAACACUACAGCUAAUUGCCUAUUGCCGUUUCAGUGAGGCAUAAAUUUGGAAAAAUGAGUCAAGGCUAUGCCGAAGGGCUAGUCAACUAAAUUUAUUGAGUUUUAGACAUUCCCUUGUGUAGAUCAUGCACUACAUAUGCUGUUAACGUAAAAGUAUUGACACGAAUUCCACUGUAACAUUUUAAAAUCUCGUAGAAUCAGCAUCCUUGAACAUAUUUACAAUUUCGUUGAUUAUCCAAUAAUAUUUGCACUCGAAAGGAGAACGUUUAUUGCUCCGCUCCAUACUAUUCUAUCUAUCACUGUGGAUGUGAUAGUUAAUUGAUUUUGAUAUAUACCUUAAUAUUGUAUUAGAUUCGAUUUUUCUACAAAAGGUUUGCUCACUAAAGAAGUUAAGACUCUAGACCAUUUCCAAAUAAAACCAACAUCAAAUA